GCAAAUCAAAGAAGGAAAGAUGGCGCCGAUUGUACAUUCUCCAAAUCAGAGUGAUCGUCCAGAAAAUGACGACGAAGAGCUUCAUUCUCGCGAAAUUGUCAUUAAUAAUUUUGAAUCCGAUCCCAGUUCGGACGAAGACGAUGCGAUCGACAUUGGUGGUUAUCAAUUAUUACCUCAAGACACAGACAACGAUGAUGGAAUUGAAUUAGUUGUUGAAUCUUUAUUUGAUGCUGAUGAAGUUGAGGAUUCAGUGAGUCAUUUAGAAAUUUCCGAGGUAGAAACUUCACGUUUCACUAGCAGAGAUAAUACUGAGGAGAAGACACCCGAAGAAAUUGACAGUUGUCCAAUGAAUCAAGAACGAGUUGAUAAAAUAAAGCAAGCAAUGGCUGGAUUCACUCUACCAUGUUCUUCAGUCCCAAAUUGGGCAUUCAACAUUCCAGAAGAUGAAUGGAAAGAAAGAUUAGUCACAAUAUUACAGAAGAAAACAAAUUAAAAUUCAAUUCUAAUAUAAUUCUAUAAAAUAAAUGUAAAUUAUGAAAAAUUAAUUGUACAUAUUGUAUUUUUGUUCUUAAAAGUUGAUACUUAGAAUAAUUUUAUUAAUUGUAAAAUAUUGAGAUAUUGCAGAUGAAGGGUCCAUUUCUUUAGAAAACCAAUUGUAAUUCAUGAAAUAAAUAGAAUAUUUAACUGCUGCUGUAUUAAUGAAUUUAACUGUUUAUAAAUGAAGUUCAAUUUGUGCAAUAAAAAAUAUCUUAAUGUAUCAAAGUAUAAUUUUGCAUAAUUAUUUAAAAUAUUGUAAUCCGGUUUGGCAUCAUUCUAGACUCGACAAAAAUAACUAUGAAACUGCUUUUGAUGAAAUCUUUUUUAAGAUGAUUUUCUAUUUUAAAACUGCAUAUAUAAUAAAGUUUAAAUUGUAAUAUG